AUGGCUGACAGAACUGAGGUUUCAGGCACACACUCCCUUUCCCUAAUGACCCUGAACUCAUUAAAAGGUAUUUCAGCUUCCAGCUCUUUGCACCAUUGGAUCCUCAGACCAUCAGAGCUCCACCAGCCUCUCUCAUCCUUUUGCGCCUUCUCCCCACUCAAGCUGAUGAGCAGCUUUUAUAAGAAAAAUGCAGUUCUACUGCCAACAAGCCCUUUCUCCGUCAUUCCAGCCACGGGAGCUCUGGGCGUCAGUGACACCAUGCAGGUGACAGUGGGAUUUCAGCCACUGCAGACUGGUGAUGGUUCCAGGUCCCCUGUCAUGCACUUUGACACAGGUGAAGACACCCACACAAGCCUUCAUGGAAGAUCUGUGGAUGCCCACAUCAGGCUGCACAGGAAUACUGUGACCCUUGAGAAGACGUACAUCACCAUGUCAAACCGCACAACCGUGCUCAUUCACAACCACAGUAAUAUCACAGCCCCCUUCCAGUGGAAGGCUGUUGAUACUGGGGAAGAGGAGGAUCAGCUGGAGCUGAGGCUGUGUCAGGAGGAAGAGGACAAGUUGUCUUAUUUUCUGAAGGAGUGCAGAGUGGACACCACUUGCCGAGAAUGCUUUGCUCUUCCCACCUGCAGCUUCCAGACUGAGGUGGCAAAGGUGCGAGGAGAUCCCAUGCUGUUCUCUGAUGACAUUUUCUGCCUUGAGCCGAAGGAGGGCGAGAUCGGGCCGAAUUGUUCGGCUGAGAUCAGCGUGUCCUUCAAGCCCCAGGUCUACGAGCGAGCGGUUUACUGCAACAUCUCGGAUGUUCUGAAUGCUGCCUGUAUUUCGUGUGCUCCUCCUCCCUUGGGAAAAACACUCACUGAGAUGUACCCAGAAGAAGGAAGAACAAAAUUUUCUGGCAUUUCCUAAAGUUCCACUAUUUCCAAAGUUCCACGUGAUUUGCAAAUGGCUUUACUCAUAAUAGCCCUCAUUUACUUUUCUUAUUGGUGCAUGAUUCCAUUAAGCAUUUCUCUCCUGUUCUGGAUUACAGACGUUAAGCAGGAAAAAUAGUUCUUUAAAAAAACACAAAACUUUGCUAUUUCUAUAGCUGUAUGAAGGGAAUCAUGUGGUUUCUUCUCCAGUGGUACUGCUGACCUUGCGAAUUCAGCUGAGGAUAAAGAAACUGAAUCAUCCACAUAUUCUUCAGAAGACAAACCUUGAGAAGUUCAGUCCUGAAAUUCUUUCUGAAACUGGGAUGCUCUUUGAAGAACCUACUGAGUGAUAAGAACCUUGAGGAACGGCAUUGGCACAGCUUGUUUACCAAUAAAGCAGGGAGAAUAAUGUCCUGUGUGAAGAAAUCUGUGAAGGCUGAGCUCUCUAUCCAGGCAUGGUGCUAAUUUCAUGAGAUCUUGCACAGUCUUUUCCCAGAUGAUGCUUUUCAGGACAGAGAACUGGAUUCUGUCCACCUCUGUUGAGCACCAGGAGCUUUUAUAGCCCACCUUAACCACUACUUGAAGUCCCACCAUGUCCCUUUGCCACUGGAAUUGGAUGGCUAAUACUCUAAACCCAUAUCAUGAAGCCAAAGGCACCCUUAUGAUGAUCAUGGAUUACAGUCUGAUAGCAAACACAUUACCCUGGUGGUACUUUGGCCCAGAUAACACUGGGGAUUGUGGCAGACUCAUAGAAAGAAGACUCUUGGUCAGGUGUGAGAUGUGUGACACUGAUGAUGUGGAUCAUUAUGACUAAACGUAUUGCUAAUACAGUAGUUACAUAUUGUCAAUGCAGUAAUGUAGUAGUGUAUUUCCGAGGUUUAUUUAAGAGAUUGUCUGAUGUUUUUGUAAUGGUUUGUACCCCAGUUUUCAUAAAAAUGGUUUAGUCCUAUGUUAAAUCCUUCCCCUAUACCUAUCCAUCAGCCCAAGUACCUAGCCCCUUUCCAGCUUCUUCGAUGUCAGUCCAUGAAACCCUGCCCCUGCUCCCUGUCAAUCACUGUAAGCCCUUCCCCUUUCUCCAGAACCUUCCCUAUCAGUCAUGUAAUUCCUAGCUCCCCACUGGUUGUACAAGGAUAUUCUCCUCCCCUUUAUCCCCUUAUUGGUCACUGUGGAUUGUAAUCCCACUUUGUGCUCCUCCCCUGAGAACCCCUGGUUCGUCCGUGAGUAAUCCCCCUCCCCUGUUACUGCCUCCCUUUAUAAAUUGCUGUACAGCCCAUUCGAGGCUCCUGUCACUGCCUCCCUCUGAGUGUGCCUCUGUCUGUUACAGUGUGUCAUCUUCUCUCUCUCCCUGUGUUCGGGGAUGGAAUAAAGGCAGU